CGGGAGGGAGGCUGCGUGUGCGCGGGGUGUGGGGGGGGGCGGGGGCGGGGAUUCGACGCGUGUAUGUAAAGGUGCAGCCCGUGUGCGAGGGGCUGGGUGCGCGCGCGGUGUCUGGCCGGGUGCGCGCGUGCGCGCCGCUGCCCGCCCGCUUGCCUGCGAGGGCUGCUUGGUGGGUUUGACGGGCGAGCCGGCGCGGAGCAGCUCGACCCCGGAUCACGUAGAGACCAUCGUGGAAACUGCAGAGCGGAUCACAGCGCGGCGGGCCCUGCGAGAGCUGCUGGGCUCCGGAGAUUAUUUCUCUUUAUUCAGAAGCAUAAAGUUGUUUGCUGAUUGCAAGAAGAUGUUUCUUUGGCUCUUUCUGAUUUUGUCAGCCCCGAUUUCCUUCGCAAAUGCAGAUUCUGACAUAUCGGUGGAAAUUUGCAACGUGUGCUCCUGCGUGUCAGUCGAGAAUGUGCUCUAUGUCAACUGCGAGAAAGUUUCGGUCUACAGACCAACUCAGCUGAAGCCACCGUGGUCGAAUUUUUAUCACCUCAAUUUCCAAAACAAUUUUUUAAAUAUCCUCUAUCCAAAUACAUUCUUGAAUUUUUCACACGCAGUAUCCCUGCAGCUGGGAAAUAAUAAGCUGCAGAACAUUGAGGGAGGAGCCUUUCUUGGGCUCAGUGCAUUAAAGCAGUUGCACUUGAACAACAAUGAAUUAAAGAUUCUCCGAGCUGACACUUUCCUUGGCAUCGAGAACUUGGAGUAUCUCCAGGCUGACUACAAUUUAAUCAAGUAUAUUGAACGAGGAGCCUUCAAUAAGCUCCACAAACUGAAAGUUCUCAUUCUUAAUGACAAUCUGAUUUCAUUCCUUCCUGAUAAUAUUUUCCGAUUCGCAUCUUUGACCCAUCUGGAUAUACGAGGGAACAGAAUCCAGAAGCUCCCCUAUAUCGGAGUUCUGGAACACAUAGGCCGUGUUGUUGAACUGCAACUGGAAGACAACCCUUGGAACUGUAGCUGUGAUUUGUUGCCUUUAAAAGCUUGGCUGGAGAAUAUGCCAUAUAACAUUUACAUAGGAGAGGCUAUCUGCGAAACUCCCAGUGACUUAUACGGAAGGCUUUUAAAAGAGACCAACAAACAAGAAUUGUGCCCCAUGGGCACGGGCAGUGAUUUUGAUGUACGAAUCCUGCCUCCGUCUCAGCUGGAGAAUGGCUUCACCACUCCCAAUGGUCACACGACCCAAACAUCCUUACACAGAUUAGUGACCAAACCACCGAAAACCACAAAUCCUUCCAAGAUCUCUGGAAUCGUGGCAGGCAAAUCCCUCUCCAAUCGCAAUCUCAGUCAGAUUGUGUCUUACCAAACAAGGGUGCCUCCCCUGACACCUUGCCCGGCCCCUUGCUUUUGCAAAACACAUCCUUCAGAUUUGGGACUGAGUGUCAACUGCCAAGAGAAAAAUAUACAGUCCAUGUCUGAACUGGUACCAAAACCUUUAAAUGCCAAGAAGCUGCAUGUCAAUGGCAAUAGCAUCAAAGACGUGGACAUCGCAGACUUUGCCGAGUUUGAAGGACUGGAUUUGCUCCAUUUAGGCAGCAAUCAGAUUACAGUGAUCAAGGGAGAUGUAUUCCACAAUCUCACUAAUUUACGCAGGCUCUAUCUCAAUGGCAAUCAGAUUGAAAGACUCUAUCCUGAGAUAUUCUCAGGCCUUCAUAACCUGCAGUAUCUGUAUUUGGAAUACAAUUUGAUUAAGGAGAUCUUAGCAGGCACCUUUGACUCGAUGCCAAAUUUACAGUUACUGUAUUUAAACAAUAAUCUCUUAAAGAGCUUGCCUGUUUACAUUUUUUCGGGAGCACCCCUCGCUAGACUGAACCUGAGGAACAACAAGUUCAUGUACUUACCUGUCAGCGGUGUCCUCGAUCAGCUGCAGUCUCUUACACAGAUUGACCUGGAGGGCAACCCUUGGGACUGCACUUGUGACUUGGUGGCGUUAAAGCUGUGGCUGGAGAAGUUGAAUGACGGGAUUGUCGUGAAAGAGCUGAAAUGUGAGACACCUGUUCAGUUUGCCAACAUCGAACUGAAGUCCCUCAAAAAUGAAAUCUUAUGUCCCAAACUCUUAAACAAGCCAUCUGCGCCAUUCACGAGCCCUGCACCUGCCAUCACAUUCACCACCCCGCUGGGUCCCAUUCGAAGUCCUCCCGGUGGCCCGGUGCCUCUGUCUAUUUUAAUCCUCAGUAUCUUAGUGGUCCUCAUCUUAACUGUGUUCGUUGCUUUCUGUCUUCUUGUUUUUGUGCUGCGGCGAAACAAGAAGCCCACGGUCAAGCACGAGGGCCUGGGGAAUCCUGAGUGUGGCUCCAUGCAGCUGCAGCUGAGGAAGCAUGACCACAGGACCAAUAAAAAAGACGGACUGAGCACAGAAGCUUUCAUUCCACAAACCAUAGAGCAGAUGAGCAAGAGCCACACCUGCGGUUUGAAAGAGUCAGAAACCGGCUUCAUGUUUUCAGAUCCUCCAGGACAGAAAGUCCUUAUGAGAAAUGUUGCCGACAAGGAGAAAGAUUUAUUACACGUGGAUAGCAGGAAGAGACUGAGCACAAUUGAUGAGCUGGAUGAAUUAUUCCCGAGCAGGGAUUCCAAUGUGUUUAUUCAGAAUUUUCUGGAAAGCAAAAAGGAGUACAAUAGCAUAGGUGUCAGUGGCUUUGAGAUCCGCUAUCCAGAAAAACAACAAGACAAAAAAACCAAGAAGUCACUGAUAGGCGGCAACCACAGUAAAAUUGUCGUGGAGCAGCGCAAGAACAGCGAGUAUUUUGAACUGAAGGCAAAACUCCAGAGUUCCCCUGACUACCUACAGGUCCUUGAGGAGCAGACAGCUUUGAACAAGAUCUAGGUCAUGCAAUCUCACUUCAUACAGAGGACAUUUAUUUAAUGAUGAAAGUGCCUUUUGUUGACUUCUAACUUCCAAAUACUAUAUUAUCAAUAGGCAUAGAGGCAGGUGUUUCCGAGGCUGUCUCAUUAACUGUAGCUGCAAAGAUGUGUCCAGUAGAUGAGAAUUUCCUUAAUAGAUUUUACUACAUAAAACCUAUACUGGGGAGUCCUGUGGGGAUACUGCAAACUCUAUUGCCAAAGGGAUGCUUUAUAUACAUGAUACACUGAAUUUAACCUCAAGAGGCAAAUCUGUUUUGUACCCCAAUGCAAAACCUUCGUCUCUUUGUGCUUUGUAAAGCAAACUCAAGAAAACUGGUACCAGUGUUUGUACCUCAGCUGGGUCCUUCAUCUUGCACGUAGAUUAAGUCGGUGGAACUGGAAUAAAUCCUUUUGAUUUGUGGCAUUGUAACAACUCUGUGUAAAGAUUAUCUGAAAAGUUAAAAAAAAAAAAAA